AUGUUUGUUCCAUCGAUACAAUUCAUUGCGCAACUAAAUAUUGUCGACGAUAGAAUUUUACCAACUGGAGCUUAUUGUAGAAACCUUAAAUUUGCUGAUAUUCCUAAGCAGCAUCCAAAAUCAAAUCAUCCCUAUUCACCGGAUAUAGCGCCUAGCGAAAAUCUUGAAGCGUUCAAAUACUGGAUACAAUUUGCUGAUUUCUAUCAACUUCCAUACAUUCAAACAUUUGAUUCAUGGGACGAUUUAAUUGUGAAAUUAGCCCAAACUAAUUUUCAGUCAGUACACGACCAAAUGAUGACAGAAAACUUGAGACGACGAACGUAUCUUAUUAAAGAAUGGUUGAAAAUUAUCGACCAGAUUGAGCCAAAUAGAACCGUUCCUCAGAAUUAUAAACAGGCAAUUAAAAUUUUGUGGGAAACAGAACAAUUACAAUCAACUUGA